GUCUUUUUUAAUUUUUUUUUGGUGCUUUUACCUUGCUUUCUUUCCUUGAUUCGUUUUCCGUUCCUUUGACUCUUGUUUUUUCCUUAAGUCAGCAAACACGCAAUUUAUUCUGAGAACAUCAUGGCUCACAGACUCUACGGACGCAAGAAAAACGUGAAGAAGGGAUUCCAGUUCACCUUGAUGGUUGUCGGCGCUUCCGGUACUGGUCGUACCACGUUUGUAAACACCCUGUGUGAUUCCAAUGUGCUAGCAAAGAAAGCAUGCCACAAUCCUGAGGAAGCUCACAACGAAGAAGGAAUCACCAUUAAGCCAAUUUCUGUUGAGUUGGAUGAAGAUGGUGUCAGAAUUUCCUUAACCAUUGUUGAUACGCCCGGUUUUGGAGAUAACAUCGAUAAUGAGCGAUGCUUUGAUGCCAUUGUCGCGUAUUUGGAACAGCAGUAUGACGAUAUCCUCGCCGAAGAAUCACGUAUCAAACGUAACCCACGAUUCUACGAUAACCGUGUACACGCUCUUUUAUAUUUCAUUUCCCCUACUGGACAUGCUUUACGUGAAAUUGAUAUCGAAUUGAUGCGUCGUCUGAGCCCCCGUGUGAAUGUUAUUCCUGUUAUCGGUCGAGCAGAUUCUUUCACUCCCCAGGAGCUCCAUGAUUUUAAGCGACGAAUUAUGGAGGAUAUCGAGCAUUAUAACAUUCCUAUUUACAACUUUCCCUACGAUGUGGAAGAAGACGAUGAAGACACUAUCGAGGAAAACAGUGAAUUGAGAGCUUUGCUCCCCUUUGCCAUCAUUGGCAGUGACGAAGAAAUCGUUGUCAACCAACGAACUGUACGCGGACGCCAAUACCCUUGGGGUGCUGUAGAAGUUGAUAAUCCGCAGCAUUCUGAUUUCGCAAGACUGCGUUCCGCUUUAUUGAGCUCGCAUUUGCAAGACCUUAAAGAAAUCACGCACGAUUUCUUGUACGAAAACUAUCGUACCGAGAAACUGAGCCGUACCGUGCAUGGCGGUGAUGCCGAUAAUGCUGCCCUGAAUGCAGAAGACAUGGCUAGCCAGAGUGUGCGAUUGAAGGAGGAACAACUGAGAAAAGAGGAGGAAAAGCUCCGUGAGAUUGAGUUGAAGGUUCAGCGUGAAAUUCAACAGAAGAGAGCCGAGUUGUUGAGUAAAGAAGAGGCUUUACGUAACUUGGAGGCAAGACUAGCUCAAGCUCAGCUUUCUGAUGCUUAAGAAGUUUAUUUUUUAUCCCACUUCCCUAUUCUUUUUUUUAUCCAAUAUAGAAAUACCUUUAUCAUUUAUAUCACAUCUAUAUCACGUCUCCGAUUUGUCCCUGUUCAACGAUCAUUGUGAUUUAUCAAAGUACAUCUACUAAUGCCUUAACUUGAUAUUUUCAAAAAGUGGCUUUUUUUUUGGGGGGGGUUAUUCCGCUAUAUCAAACGUAAACUUAUACUGGUUGCUCAUUUACGCUUUCAUGGCAUGCACCAUAUGACUCUGUGGUGUGCCCUACUAUUUGAACCUUUUCGGAUGCCGGAUAGGGGUGUUCGUUUGUGCCAGAGUCAUAAAGUGCUAGACGACGAUAUACGAAUGCGAGCUUUUAAAUGA